CUGCUCUGCUCUGUCUCAGUACACGCCAAGAUGAGCUACGGAUCUGAUGUCUUCUCCUCCUCUUCCUACCGGAGGAUUUUCGGGGAUUCUCCCCGUUAUGCAUCUCCUUCGCGGACCACCAUGAAUGUUUCCUCCCGGGGAGGAGGUUACCGGUCCUCCUCUCUGUCCCGGAGCAACGCUUCAUCCCUGGGCACGUACAGCAAAAAGUCCGGCCGCUCCUUCUCGUCCAUGCCGCUGGAGACCUUCGACCUGACACAGAGCAGCGUCCUCAACAAUGAGUUCAAAAUCGUCCGCACCAACGAAAAGGAGCAAAUGCAAGGCCUCAAUGACCGCUUUGCAAUGUUCAUUGACAAAGUGCGCAACUUGGAGCAACACAACAAAGUGCUGGAGACGGAGCUGUUCGCUCUGCGCCAGAAGCAGGCAGAGCCGUCCCGCCUGGCCGAGCUCUACCAGCAGGAGAUCCGCGAACUGCGCUCCCAGCUCGAAGAACUGAACGGAGAGAAGUCCCAGCUGAUGAUCGAGAGGGACAACAUUGACGACGACCUGCAGAAAGUCAGGGGCAAAUACGAGGAGGAGUUCCGUGCCCGGGAAGAGGCAGAGGCCCUGCUCAAAGCUUUUAAGAAAGAUGUAGAUGAUGCCACCAUGGUGCGCCUGGACCUGGAGAAGAAGGUGGAAUCUCUUCUGGAUGAGAUCAACUUCCUUAGGAAGGUGCACGAGGAGGAGGUGGUCGAGCUGUCGGACAUGAUCCAGGCUGCCCAGGUGUCUGUGGAGAUGGAGGUGUCCAAACCGGACCUCACCUCCGCCCUCAAAGAGAUCCGCGGCCAGUACGAGUCCAUGGCUUCCAAGAACCUGCAGUCCGCCGAGGAGUGGUACAAGACCAAGUUUGCGGACCUAUCCGAGCAGGCCAACCGGAGCAACGAGGCCAUCCGCAGCAGCAGGGAGGAGGUGAACGAGUUUAGGAGGCAGCUGCAGUCCAAGACUAUCGAGAUAGAGAGUCUGAGGGGAACCAACGAGUCUCUGGAAAGGCAGAUGCGGGAGAUGGAGGAUAGGCACAAUGUGGAGAUGGGAACCUACCAGGAGAGCAUGGCAGAGCUGGAGAAUGAGCUGCGGACCACUAAGGGCGAGAUGGCCCGUCACCUGAGGGAGUACCAGGAUCUGCUCAAUGUCAAGAUGGCACUGGAUAUUGAAAUUGCAGCUUACAGGAAACUCCUGGAAGGGGAGGAGACCCGCAUUGGGACAGGCAUCAACUACAGCAGCCCCGCCAUAGGUGCCAGCAUGGGGCAAGGCUACAGCUACCAGUCCCGCAUGUACACCAGCUCUAGCAAGAGCUCCAAGAAGGAGGGCAAGCAGGAGGAGCAGCAGCAGCAGCAGCAGCAGAGCAAAUCUGGAGGCAAGGUGAUCCAGCGUGAAGUUUAUGAGGAGACGGUGGUCACCACCCAGAAGCAGCAAGACUCCAAUGAUGUUCCCACCAUUCAGAAAAACUAAGAGUCAUACUGUAAGCCUGUUCUCAACCCUGUAUCCUGCAAAUUCUCUCCUCUCUCCAUCUUGAAACAAACCUUGAGCAUUAACGUCUCACUCACUUGUGGGGAUCUUAGUUGAUAGCCAUGCUUUGCCUUCUUAUUAUAAGCAUAGUAAGAUUGCCAUGGUCUUUAACAUAUAGUGUUGGGUUGGUAGGUUUGUUUUAAGUUGGUUUAUCCCCUCUUGUUACCCCGUCUCCCCACAUGUGUUCUCCCAAAAGGAAAUCCAUUAUAACUCUACUAUAACCAUCACUCUAUACAAUACCACAUUUCAACAGUUUCUGCUGUUUACUCUUCCACAAACUAAACAUCAAACAAUAACAAGCACUUAGGUAGCAGUGACAAAAUGUAACACCAACACACAAUAGAUAAAAACCUCUGGUCAUGCACUACAACCACAAGCUGUGAGAUGCUCUCAACACAUUCCAAUAGUAGCAUGUGUGUUUGAGUGUAACUGUGCGCACAAAAGAUUCAAAACACAUCAGCUGGUAUCCGUCCCUCUCCAAACAAUCCUUUCAUACAGUAGAAAUAAAAACAUCUCCUGAAACAAUGAUCAUAGUUGAGUGAGAAAGCACACAAUUAUUGGAAACCUGCCAAAAUAAAAGACAAUAAUAUAUGAUAGCUUUUACUGAGCCAUUGUGUUUGGUCUCUUUUUGUCUGUAUCUCUUCUUGCACAAUAUUUCUUACCUCAGUCACUGCAUCAGUGCUUUGUCUGGGUUUCUAUCAGCUCUGCAUGACAACAGUAUAAAAGAGGAUAAUGCGAGCGAUGACCCUUUUUUAAACUUCCCAAUGAAGUUUAAUUUAAAAAAGUUAUUAUAGCUUUUUAAAUGAGAUGAAGAUUUGAGGUAAACAAGAAAACAAGUAUAUUGAUGGAGCAUAACUUGCAUGGUGUAUGUAGACCGCAUUCUUGCAUGGACUCCACCCACCCAUCAUUCAAAGUUUGGCCUUUGCCUUCCUUCUCACUAUUGAUCAUAAUGAGAAUCAUCAUGCUCAUUAUCAUUAAUAACAGCAAUAGAAAUGUGCUUGUUAGCCCAGGCCAGAUUUGAGACUGCUGCUAUAAAUCUUAGGACUGUGAUGGACUGGUGAUCUCCACUGUAAAGAUAAGGAGGGAUGCUAUGCUUUAAGGCACUAAUACGAGAAUAGAAAAGACCUAAUUUGGUAGUGAUGGAUUAGGAGAAAAAGAAAAGUUGAGCAAAAAUACUAAAAUACUAUACUAAAAAAGAGUUUUCUCUGUGCAGUCAAGUCAAUUAGACACUGAAUUGGAAAUUAUGCUUUAGUGCAAAUGCAUGAGAUUCUCUAUGAUCCAUGUAGUUAUGAUGGACAGUUUGCAUAUUUAACUCCAUUUCACAUAUGCUACUUAUGAUGCUUGAAACACAUUAGAGCUCCAGGAUCCAUACUAUAUCAUUUACCCUGAAGAAAAUACAUCCCAGUGUAAAUUGAGAACCUGCCAGACUAUGAUGUGUUUGAAACAACUUGACCUCUCUCUUUGUAACUGUGGCCAUGACUGCAUUAAAACGCCUGUUGUAGUCCGAUCUCACCGGUAGAAAUCCUUAAGUAUGAAAGACUUGUAGCUUGUUUUUCUGCUUGUGCACUGCCAACUCUUACACACUUAUCUUACUGCUGGUCAUCGCACGCACACACACACACACACACACACACACACACACACACACACACACACACACACACACACACACACACACACACACACACACAAUGAAUGAAAACAAAACAAACAGCUCAUUGUUUUGCAGGCUGUUCUGAAUCAGGUUGACUGCUGCUGUAUUAGAGGCUUGUGAUCAGUACCUUUGUGCAGUAGUAAGUGUGUUUGUAUCUACACAGUGGCCUAUCAUACAUGGAUGUUUUGGCAUUUUCUGUCAAGCAGAACAAAAAUCUCAGAAGGACAAGAAGUUAUAGACAAAAGCAGCAUUUUAUAGUAAACAGCUAUAAGAAUGGAUGAAUGGUUCAGGGUUGCAAAUGUCUAAGCCUUUAUCUUUCUAUGACAAAACCAAAAUAGUUUUCAUGGAUGUCUGCAGAAAAAUGUAACUACUCCUACAACACUGCCAAACUUUUCAAAAUGCACAUGCAACACCACUUCAUGCAGAACCAAGCAUUUUCUGGAAAUACAGUUCAGUAUAUCAUCAAUCUGAAUCCAAGAAGCAAGACUUAGCCAUAGAACAAAUACUGUAGGAUUUAAAAAUGCCUUAAAACACCAGCAGCUUUUCCUCUGGCCAUGUGUGUGAAUCUGCUUAGUGGGUGUUUAAUCAUUAUUAUCUCUUGAUUAGUGUCCAUUAGAGCUAUUAUUGCUUCAAACGCAUAGGGAUUGAAUGUAGAUGUCAUGCUAUUCUAUUUACUGUUAUUACUACUUAUGUAUUCCUGUAUGACACCAUAUUAAUAAAGACUUGACGUUACUGAGGUGCA